AAAAGAUUUUGAAACAACAUGAAGAUGUGUUAGACGAGAAAUGGAAAGAACCAAAUGAUGGAGGAUUACGUGGGGAAUGGGUUCAUGUUAAUGAAAAAAAUUGUGAAGCUGAUAAUGUGGUUUUAUAUUUGCAUGGUGGUGCAUUUCGUUUCGGUUCUUCUAAAAUUGCUAGAACGUUUACAUUCAAAUUGGCUGAGUCUGCUAAUUCUCGUGUUUUUGCACUUGAUUAUCGCCUUUCGCCAGAAAAUCAAUUUCCAGCUGCUCUUUGUGAUUCUAUCGCUGCGUAUUUAUAUCUUAUAAAUCCUGGACCAGAAGCUGGAUUUGAACCGAUCAAUCCUAAAAAAAUUGUAUUGUCUGGCGAGAGUGCAGGUGGCACUUUGGUUUUUGCAUUGCUCUUAUUUUUAAGGGAUGCUGGAUUACCUUUGCCAGGGGGUUCUAUUGCAUUGUCACCAUGGGUUGAUUUAACACAAAGUAUGCCGUCCGCAUGGAGUGCUGAAAUAGAUAAAAUAGAUUAUAUACCUUCAAAACUAGGCCUUUUUGAUCUUGGUCCUCUGUCACCUAUCACGGAGGAAUAUUUCGCCAAUGCAAAAGCUCUAGCUGAUAAAAUCGCUCUAAAAAAGCCUACAAUCGUUAGUCAUCCCUCUUUUACUGAAGUACCUCGCUUCCACCCUUAUUGUGCUAAUGAAGCACUUGCAAUUCCUUAUGUUAGGCAA